AUGGCUCCUCCCUCCUACUCCAAGACUUCGCGUGUGCCUCGUCGCCCCUUCGAGGCGGCCCGACUUGACUCCGAGCUGAAGCUCGUUGGCGAGUACGGUCUCCGCAACAAGCGUGAGGUCUGGCGUGUCCAGCUCACCCUCUCCAAGAUUCGUCGUGCUGCUCGUCAGCUUCUUACUCUCGAUGAGAAGGACCCCAAGCGCCUCUUCGAGGGCAAUGCCCUCAUUCGACGACUGGUUCGCGUCGGCGUUCUCGACGAGUCGCGCAUGAAGCUCGAUUACGUUCUUGCCCUCAAGGUCGAGGACUUCCUGGAGCGCCGCCUGCAGACCCUUGUCUUCAAGCUCGGUCUCGCCAAGUCCAUUCACCACGCCCGUGUCCUCAUCCGCCAGCGUCACAUCCGCGUCGGCAAGCAGAUCGUGAACGUUCCGUCGUUCAUCGUCCGUCUCGACUCCCAGAAGCACAUUGACUUCGCUCUCACCUCGCCUUUCGGUGGAGGUCGCCCCGGUCGUGUCCGCAGAAAGAAGGCCAAGGCUACCGAGGGUGGCAAUGAGGAGGCUGAGGACGAGGACGAGGAGUAGACGCAUCAUCUUCCUAAGGGUCUAUGUGGUUUUAAAAAAAAUUCGUGGGGCGACGGCGACUGGGAAAUACCCACCAUGGCACAUUGGGCGGUUCGCAUUUAGGGCGUUAGCCAGAGGAUAAUGGCAUGACCUUGAUGAAACCAGAACUUGAUAUGUCUGCAGAAGUCGUCGGAAACGAGAGUGUAGUGUUCCCUUGUGCGUACGUGCGAUGGAUGUGACGAGUAUACGGGUAUCAUGGUGUCAUAUUUCCUUCCCCCUUUGCUUUAUCUUAGUGUACCAGUUCAUCUUUGCCCAAAAACUUGGCCAUGGGAUCCUCCGCCGCUGUCCGUUUCCUUCUGUACUCCUCCAUGUCCUCUUCCGUGACCCCGCUCAUCAUCUCUUCUGCUGUGCGCUUCUUGACGACAUUUUGCCUCGGUUUGUCUUCCUCCUUUUCAGGGAUCUCCUCUGCGGCCU